AUGGUCCAUGUUGAGGACAGCCAGUCCCAUGGACGUUUCCACCUCCACAACUUGGGCCACGUUCGUCUCCGCCAUGAGCACACCAACGAGAUCAUCCUGACACCGACUCCCUCCCUCGAUCCUAACGACCCCCUUCGCUGGUCGACAGGUUACAAAAUCUACGUCGCGAUCCUCGUCUCGCUGGCUAUGCUCAUGUGCAAUUUUAUGGCCGCUGGUCCGACGGUCGCCAUGGUCGAGAUCGCGACCGACUUCAAGCAAGGCGGCAACACGACAAUGGCCGACUGGAUCAGUCGGGCUGCGUACUUCUUCAACAAUAGUGCUUUGCUGCAGGGUGUUUCUUGUCUGUUCUGGGUCCCGCUGCUCAACAAGUACGGUCGGAGACCGGUCUAUAUCUCGGCUUAUAUUCUGUACUUCUUUAUGAUCCUUGGGGCUGGGUUGUCCAAGACCUACGCAGCGGAACUUACGACGCGGACUAUUCUCGGUAUCGGAGCUGGGGCUGGAGAGUGCCUGGCUCCAGUGACUAUCGCGGAUGUAUUUUAUCUUCAUCAGCGAGGUUAUGGGAUGGCCGUCUACAAUGCCGCCCUCAGUGCAGGUGUCUCAUUCGGCAUCAUCAUCGCAGGCCUGAUCACCAUCAACUACGACUGGCGCACCAUCUACUGGGUCGGGACCGCCCUAGUGGGCGCCUUAAUUAUUGUCGUCAUCUUCUUCUUCCCCGAGACCGCCUACCGACGUAUCGACAACCCGCUCGUCGAACGCGCCGCCGAGGUCCAAAAAGAACUGCCUACAACCCAUUUAGAAUCUGCCUCCAUCCCUCCUAUUCCAGAGAAAGAAAGCUACAUCCAUAGUUUACGCUUUUGGUCGGGAGAGAUCUAUACGGACGAAUCGUUCUGGCGCAUGUUUAUUCGCCCCUUCGGACUCAUCCUCAUACCGCCCAUCUUCUGGGCUACGAUCGUCAUGUCUGUGACAAUCGGAUUCCUCGUUGCUGUUGUCUCGAACUUCGCUUCCGCAUUCAGCACAACGUAUGGUUUUGAAGCAUGGCAAUCAGGUCUAUGCUUCAUCUCUGGCAUGGGCCCUUCUCCGACUGGGGUUGCUGAUUAUUUCACCAAACGCAACGGGGGCAUUCGCGAGCCUGAGAUGCGACUUCCAGCUAUUGCCCUGAGUGUCGUCUGUGCGCCGCUGUCGCUUGUGCUAUAUGGCUGCGGUAUUGAUAACAAGUGGCACUGGAUGGUGCCCACCCUCGGACUUGGACUGCGUAUGUGGGACAUUAUGAGCCUGGAAAUCGUGCCACUAAUGCCACUAGUAUCGUUCGCCAUCACACAAGGAACAAACGUCUCCUUUGUAUACUGCAUCGACUCCUUCCGCCCCGUCGCCGGCGAAGUAACGGUCACCCAGUUGGCCUUUAAAUCCUGCUUCGGCUUCCUCCUUUCCUUCUACACAAACCCCUGGAUUGAUAAGUCCGGGUACACAGCCGCGUAUGGAGCUAUGGCAGGUAUCUCGGGCGGCUGCCUCCUCUUCUUCAUUCCGCUCUUCUUCUGGGUUUCAGGUCGUGUUUGCCGUUGUGUGGAACAGGGAACUGGCGCUAUAGUCGCGGGACAACCAGAGCUAGAACUCCUGUCGAUUAUGCUCAUCAUGCACAUGACGUAUAAAACUAAGGAUCGGCGCUAUAUGAAGCAAAACAUAAGUGCUCUUGGUAUAUACAAGCACAAGUACAUCACAAAAUCUAUAUACACUAUUAGACGAAUAAAGAUGGACCUUCCUAUCUAA